AAGGUUUUGAUUUUUUAUACUUAACAACCACUUUAAUUUGGUUACAGCUCCAUUCCUAACGAACUUCUUUUCUUCUUUUUUCUUCUUCAUUUGCAGAAUCCCAUCCCCUGAUUUUCCUCCAAAAAUAAAGGCUUAGGAUUCUACGAUCAAGAAAUACGUCACCAUCAUCCCUUUUGGGUUCUUUCUCUUGUUCUUGCCGGGGCAAUUUCUUGUUGAAGCUAAAGAAUUGAAUGUGAAGAUGGGGAAGGACAAAGAGGAAAUGGAAGAAAAAUUGACUAGUAAUGAGUCAAGGGAGGAUGAAUUAUUGUGUGCUGCGAAGGAAGGGAAAGGAAAGAGAUUAUGGAAGAAAGUGAAGUAUCAGCUGGUGGAGUACCAUUCGUUGCCUGGCUAUUUGAAAGACAAUGAAUACAUUCUUGGUCAUUACCGGGCCGAAUGGCCAUUGAAGCAAGCGUUACUUAGCAUUUUCACAAUUCACAAUGAGACCCUCAAUGUUUGGACGCAUUUGAUAGGGUUCUUCCUCUUCCUAGCGCUGACCAUUUAUACUGCAAUCCAAGUUCCCAAGGUUGUAGAUCUACAUUCCUUACAGAAUCUCCCUGAUGCGCUGAGAAAGGCUGAUUUGCACAAAUUACAAGCAGAACUUUUGACUUGUCUUCCUUCUUUACCGCAUAUGCCUGAUUUGCACAGAUUUCGAGAUGGUUUGCUAAGAUCCCCCUCUAAUUGGCAUAUCCUUGACCUCCUGACUAACUGUCUACCUGAGCGAUUUUCCCACAGCAACCAUACGGAUGUCUGCGUACUGCGGAGUGUAAAGGAAGAUGUGGCUAAUAUAAUAGCACCAUUGCUGGUGAGACCAAUAACACGCUGGCCAUUCUAUGCUUUCCUUGGUGGGGCAAUGUUUUGCUUGUUAGCAAGCAGCACAUGUCAUUUGCUUUCUUGCCAUUCAGAACGUGUAUCAUACCUCAUGCUGAGGCUGGACUAUGCUGGUAUCGCUGCCCUGAUAUCGACUUCAUUUUACCCUCCUGUCUAUUAUUCCUUCAUGUGUUACCCCUCCUUUUGCAAUUUGUACCUGGGAUUUAUUACCCUCCUGGGAAUUGGCACAAUAUUGGGUUCCCUCCUUCCUGUGUUCCAGACCCCAGAAUAUCGAACCAUUCGAGCAUCUCUAUUUUUUGGUAUGGGAUUGUCAGGUGCGGUACCUAUUCUGCACAAACUGGUUCUAUUUUGGCACCAACCCGAGGCGCUUCACACGACUGGAUAUGAACUUUUGAUGGGUAUAUUUUAUGGCAUUGGAGCACUGGUAUAUGCCAUGAGAGUUCCAGAAAGAUGGAUGCCCGGGAAGUUUGACAUUGCUGGCCACAGCCACCAACUAUUUCAUGUACUUGUGGUGGCAGGGGCUUUUACUCAUUACCGUGCUGGGUUGGUUUAUCUCCGGUGGCGGGACCAGCAAGGGUGCUAGAACAAUUCAAGAACUGAAAAAUCAGUGAGAAUCCUUAGUAAUGCAUUAGGUUGGCUCAAUUGUACGUAAAUGUAGAGAAGAUGUGUUGUUGUUUGCCCAUCUUCGUUAAUAAAUGUUCCAUUUAGGAACGAUUGUCAGGCAAUUAUCAUGUAGUAUAUGAUCAGGCGCAAUAUGUACUAGUGUAUUAUGUUUGAUAUGAUCUAUAUUGAAGUAUAUUAGAGAAUGA